AUAUAAUAUUAUUUGUGAAAUUACAUCCUUCAUGAUGUCGAAAUGCAAGUCUGAAAUUUGCAAACUUUUAUUAAGGGAAAGUUUCGGAGAAGUUGCGGAAGAAGUCGCGUUUGUGUUGCUCAGUAAAGGGGCGUGUCCUUUACGUCAAAUAUCCACAGAAACAUGCCUUCACAUAGACAAGGUGCGAAAAGUUCUUGUAGUUUUGAUACAGCAGAAUAUAGUGAAAUUUGAGAAGAGCAAACGAGGAUUUACAGAGUAUUUUGUUGAUGUAGAACAUUUGUUAUGGCGACAUCGUAUUCCACGAUACAUUCACUGUGCCAAGACACUGUACGGUGAUGCUGCAGAACUGGUUGUGGAGGAUCUCGUGCAUCAUGGCCAGCUGAUGAUGUCUUCUGUCGUUCACACGGUCACCAAUAAGUUGAAUGAAGCCUUGGAACAUGCAGGGCAUCAGAAAAUUGGUUCCCGAGUUGUAUAUGACAAGUUCAAUCUGCUGGCUGGUACCCAUUUCAUACAGCAAUGUUUGAAUCAGAUGGAAACGACAGGUGAUGAAGAGGAUCUAGAUGAGAGAGAUUUGUCGAGUCUGUAUAAAGUUCCAGCAUUCAACGCUAAAGAUGGAGACAGGAAGAGAAAGAGGUCUACAGAUGAGAGCGAACCACCGUCAAAGAGACAGAAAAUGUCUGCAGACAAUGAUACUGUAUCAGAUGACGGUAUAUAUUGGAAGAUAAAUCACCGGAGAUUCCAUCAAUAUUUCAGAGACCAGCUGUUCAUCAAGGCGAUACAUAACAAAAUAGGCAAGAAAGCGGCAGAUAUAUUACAGACAAUGUUGAGACUGACCGAAGUGAAAUCAGACGAUAUCUGUUUUACAUCAAAUCCUUUGUCCUUCACAGAGAUAUUUCAGGCAGUUCCACGAGACCUCGGUAUUACAAGAAACCUGUGUGAACAGUAUCUGAGUUUGAUGACAGACGAUUCUAUGGAGCUAGUGAGUAAAGUAGGGGAGAGUGGAGGAGGAAUGUUUGUGAUAAAUAUAAUGAAAGGGCUUACUGCAUUAUGUAAGUCACACUUGGAAUCUGUUGUACAAGAAAGGUUUGGGUCCAAAAGUUUGAGGAUUUUUAGAGUUUUACUUUUAAAGCAACAUUUAGAGCAGAAACAGAUUGAAGAUUUGGCUAUGAUUCCAUCUAAAGAAGCGAAAGAACUUCUGUAUACAAUGUUUGCACAGAACUUUGUUGCAGUCACCGAAAUAUCCAAAACACCAGACCAUGCCCCAGCAAGAACAUACUACCUGUUCAAGGUACAACUAGAUCAGCUUGCCAGAAUGUUGCUGGAGAAUAGUUAUAAGGCCCUUUCAAAUGCUAUAAGGAAAAGAAUAGCAGAAACCAAGGAAAAUAGGAGACUGAUGGAGAAGCAAGAACGCGUUGAUGCUAUUUUAGCAUCACUGGAGCAGUCUGGAGCAGACGAUGUUCAGAAAGAGGAAAUCCUGCUAACCAUAACACCAUCAGAAAGGUCACAACUGCAGAAGGUCAAACACAUGAUAAAUAUGUUAGAUCAAAGUGAACUACAACUUGAUGAGACGAUCUUUGUUUUGGAAACUUACAUCUUUUAUCAUGAUCAGAAGAUGAAAUACAGACAUUAAGACACUACAGGGAUUUUUACUUGUUAUUGUUUUUGAUAAUAAAAUUAAUAUUGAU